UCUAGGAAUGCAAAAUAGCCGGACGGAAGAAGGGAGAGCGAGAUAUGGAACCAUCUAAUUUUGGGUCCCUGAAAGUCUGGUCUUGCAUCUGCACCGCAUCCAGGCUAUGCCAGUAGAAGGGCCGUUACUCAGCUAGAGAAAUUUGGAUGAAUGCACUGUUGACGAUUGCCGGCCGGCCAAACGGAUGUGAAUGGUCACCACCGUGGACAGCGUCAUCCUGCGGUUCAUGUUCAACCCAGGGUUCACCAAGUAUACCUCCUCUAAUGGGUCCCUCAGGUCGGCCGCUUUCAACCUUGCUGCUGAAGGAACUGAUAGAAGAUCAUUUACGUAAAGCCAUACUGGAUGUCGUUCCAAGCGCUCUGAUGACCGAUCUCAUUGACAUGGCCCGACUGGAUUAAGCUUCGCGUUAGAUCAGAUUUUGAUCGGCCUCCGGCAGAGUACAGACAAAUGACUGGCGUAUCUUCCUGGG